AACAAAACAAACAAGAAAUAUGAAAAUAUCAACAUAUAAAACCACUGUUUUCAUCAACUUUUUCCAACUAUUUUCAAAAACUGAUGGUUGAGGAUGGAAACCAUUUCACCAGGAGUACAUGGGAAUCAUUCUGUGACAUGGGAACAUCAAGAUCUUGCCCAGGUAAGAGGUAACCAGGUUUAAAUGUUUAUUUAUUUUUUAUUUAUUUUCUAUUUAUUUAUUUAUUAUUAUUCGCCCAAAUCACAUCAAAAUUAACAAUUAAGAUAGAAAAUAUUUACAAAUAGUAGGGCUAGGAACCUUCUAGAAACCAAAAGGCUUUUAUAUUCAAUACACCUUAUUAAAUGAUGUAAAAAGUGGGAAUAUCUUACUGACAGCUCACUGACACAGUACUGAUAUUUGCAAGCAUUUUCCACUGACAAAAUGGGCAUUUACUGAUAAAAACAUGCAAAAUAUUUUUUCAGCUAGUAAUUUUGACUCUAAUUACGUGCCAAACUUUGAGUUUAUUUUGUAGGCUCAUAUUGUAGGCUUCAUUAAUUUAUUUUUCUGCCAGGUGAAAAUAAAAGUUCUUCGAGGUCACUUGGACAGUGUGAAUUCUUGUCAAUUUUUUGAAAAUGACACUCGUGUUUUAUCGUCAUCAAAUGAUCAAACAGUUCGAAUUUGGGUGAGAGUCUGAAAUGUUGAUUAACCUGUUAACGACUUAACAGGCAGGUAUAAAAGUUGGACUGGAUUGCUAGUUGGACUGGACCCUAACUUAACCCCAAACCUAACCUGAACUAGCAAACCGGGCAACUUUUAUACUUGCAUGACUCAGAGUUAUGGAGUUUGGGAGCAGUAUAACUUAAGCAAUCUGUCCUGUUAUUAAUGCCCAGCACUCUUCCCUCCCCCAUAAAAUAGGUUGUUGCAAUAUAUAUUGAUAAUCACAUUUUGAAAAAUAUAUUGAUAUACAAAAAUAUAAUGAUAAUCAGUGCUAUAAAAUAAUUUUACUUGAACCAGGCAACUGAGUCAGGGAAGCAGUUAUGCACAUACGAUGGGCACACUUCAUUUGUGACAAGCUGUCAUGUUGAUAUGUUGAAUAAAAGGUGAAUGUUUGGUAAUUGUAGUAGGUUAAUUAAUUAUUUUAUGCCAAACAAUGCAGUUUCCUGCAGUAUUAGGAAGACACAUCCUAAUUAGAUCAAGUGCAAACUCUGUUUCAUUAGAAUGGUAUCAGGAGGAUGGGACAAACGUAUGCUUGUCAGAGAUGUGACAACUGGACAAAUUUUGGUAAUUUCAUAAUCACUAAAUAUAUAUACAAAUGGGAAAACAGAGCCAUAAAAACAAUGUACUAAUUUAUAGGCAGGAGCAAAACAGCUAUCUAGACCAUCCUAUAAUCCCUUGAUGAAAAAAGAGUCAUGACUAUCAACAUUUUCACAAGCAUAAGAGAAUACUCCUUUUUGAGGAUUUGCAAUCUCUAGAUUGUCAGAAAUGGCAUUCUCAGAGUCUUCUCUACCUCUCUUUUCUUAGACUCUUUCAUUAUGAUUUGUGAGCUAGUCUAUGCUAUCUGCGAGUCAGGAUGGAUUAUAAUGUGGUCAAUCAGCACAAUUUAUUUUAAAAUUCAAUUAUUUGGGGCAUGGGGGUUGAAAGCUCUACCGGCCCCCCUCUAUAAUUAGUGUUGGGGGGCUGCUUCCUAUGUCCACACCGUGGUCACUAACCCCACCCCCUGCAUGCUUUGUACACUUGUUAAAAUAUUGGUACAAUUAUAGAUGACCCCUGGCCCUAAAAUUGUGUACCUAUUUAAUUGGAGGAGGUAAUGUGGUUUUAAUUUUCUUCAGUGGCAGGCAAGUCAUGAAGGAGUUCUAACAAGCUGUAAUUAUUCAAGUGAUGGCAAGUACAUUGUAAGUGGUGGUGAUAUGGAUUUCUCUAUCAGUAUAUGGGAUGCCAAGGAUGGAGUCCUCAUAAGAAAACUAAAAUGUAGGUUUAAAAGAGAUAAAAUUGGGAGUGGUUGUGGGGUGCAAAUAUAUAGACCCUCUGGCACAAUCCAACAGGUCUAAAAUAUUAACACCUUUUUGGAUAGAUAAUACAAAUACCAUAACAAGCUGCAAGUUUUCACAAAAUCAACAUCGAAUCACAGUGACCUCCAUGGACCGAACAACCAGAGUGAUUGAUAUGUCAAUGUACAAGGAUGAAUACACAGCCAGUUUGACCCUCAGGUAUGAGCAAAUCAGGAAUUUCAUUUUGGUACACAUAAACUCCUACUCAAAUUGAGAAUCAACCCAAUAACCCACAAUGCGCCCUACUUAUUUUUUUACUUGUCCAAUGCCAGACGACUUUACUCGUCAAUGGGGAAGCUCUGCAGCUUAAUAGGUUAAGCCACAAUGCACCACAUUUUGUUAGCUUAGGGCCGCUUUCCAGUUGAGUGUUUUUCAUAGGUGCAUGCAAGGAGGAUAUGGCUAUCAAUACAAUUACAUUAAAUGAAUCCUACUUCCUUUUUCUUGAGUGGAAAUGGCCCUAAUUACAUGCGUUCAACUCAAUAAUAGUCAAAGUCCAACAUCGCAAUCACAAAAAUAAGGCUCAAUCUAUAGCCAAGGUGACAUACUUUCCAAAAGGGUGUAUUGGUGCAUUAAUGUUUUAAUUAUAUAGAGGGCAUGGCAACGUCAUAUCAGAUGCAUCAUUUUCAAAUGAUGAAAGAAUAUUGGCGACAGCUUCGUGGGACAAGAACAUUCAGUUAUGGGAUGUCUCAUCAGGAACAUACAGGUAAAUUGUACUGUGGUUAAUUAAACAGUAUAUUUUGCACAGGUGAAGUUAGUUCUUGUGCAUUAUGCUUGAUAUGGCCCUAAGGGUUGUUGCUUUUAUAGUACUUUUCAAUCUUACAUUUCAGAAAAACGGGACCAGUCACACUCAAAAAAGGUCAUGAAGGCUCUGUCAGUUCUUGCUGUUUCAGUACAGAUGGUAUGUCUUUGGCAUAGAUACCCAUGUAGGCAUAAAUUGUUUUAAAAUUUGAUGCACUUUUCCAUUCCAGAUAAAAUGUUAGUGUCAUCAUCAUUUGAUCAAAAUCUUGUGGUUUGGGAUGUUGCAAAUUCAGUCCAGAAGUUCUCACUUAAGGUAUUUAGUUGUCGUAUUCACCAAGGAGAGAUAGAGAGUAGUAAUGGCCACACCUUAGUGGUUCAAACCAUUGAUCUAUUUUUUAUUUUUUGUGUUGGUUCCAGGGUCACAAUGGUUGGGUAAAUGAUGCUGCAUUUAGUAAAGAUCAGAAGUGGGUUCUUUCGUGUUCACAGGUUUGUUUUAUCAAUGAUGAAGCAGAAAUAUUAAUUGUACCUGUGCACGAGAAUGAGAUUUACAGUAUACCUUUACAUAUGUAUACAGAUUGUCUACAAGUCUGAUUUAUCACAGGGUGUUAGCCAGAAGUAAAAAAAUCAGCGUUUAAUUGCAAUUGGGAAAAAGUAAUUGAAUAUUUAUAAUAGAACUAUUUUUUGGCUGACCUAAAUUGGGAAAUUGCGACCUGAAGGUAAUUGGGAAAACCGCAUUUAACACAGAAUUUUUGACUGUAGCUAACACCCUGUAUUGGUACAGUAUAUCUAAUAAUUUACUUGGGGCUAAAAGAAAUCUGUAUGUUUUAAAUUUGAUUUUCAUAUAGGAUAAAACUAUCCGACUAUGGAACAUUAAAAAUCUGGAUGAUCUGCCAGUUGUUUUGGAACAUAAGAAGAACAUGGGAUUGAGAAUAAUUGAGGUUUGUCCUGUGGCUAUUAAGUGUCAGAGUAUUUCUAUUUGUCUCUUUCUCUUGUUAUCUUUACACUGCAUAUUUUCCUCUUAAAUAUAGUGUCAAAAAUGUGAGAAGCAAUUUUCUAUCACUCAAGUUGACAAUGCUGAGAAGAAGAAACUCUGUGUGUUUUGCAGACUCAAGACAAGAACUUUGCCAUGAUUGAAAGGACCUGAUAUUCUUGAAAAGCACCAUGACUGUAUUACCCUGUCUCAGUGCGUACCCAACCUUGUACCAACCGAAGGCUCUUGUCAUAGAGGAAAGAGCCUGGGUAUGAUGACAUUGCAUACCUUGUCUGUUGGUCCAAGUUGGAAUACUGUUGGGAUACAGUCUGUUGGUCAAAUGUUGGUUGCUGACAAAAUAUGUACUAGGCAAAGUUCUAGUUAUACCUAGACAUUUUGUUGCUUCCAUCUCACAAUUUACAUUGUCAUCGCCCUGUUCCAGUUUUCAUGAUGUGUUCAUUCACUAGAAUCACAUUGUUGGAUUCUGGUCUUAUCUUGGUGGACAACCAAAAAAUGAUUUGACUGUUUGUGCACAAGCAUCACCAACAACCUUUGAAAUGUCCUAGAAAAAUCAAAAUAAAAAAUACUUAGACAACUAGAUCUGUUUAAUUUAUUAUCUGUUUAUGUGCUUAUCUUAAUUAUAGACCCCUCAUU